GAUAUAGGAGCAGUCAAAUUAUACGGAUUUACAGGCUUCUUCUCUUUGGAAUGUAGAGAAAAUUUAAGCUAUGGCGGAAGAAGAACAAAACCCUGAUCACACUCACGUCAACGACCUUUCCUGCGACGAAGAUUACUGGAGUGCCGUUGAGCAGCCCCUAAUAAGAACGCAGAAUAAUAAGGUUAGUACUACUGUACCCGUAGUACUAGCUGCUUCAGUUCGGCCUAGCCCUUUGCCACAAUACCGAGUGGAACUGGAACACGAGGAACACGAGGAAUGUUGGCUCCGUAUCCUGUUAUCUAAGGAACACGAGGAGCAUACGAAGCUUUUUGGCUGCUUCUACGGCUUGCAAGUGGAUGAUCAUGAUCUGUCUCUAAUCGCCUCUCAUGCUCGUCAAGAGGCUGUACACUGGAUUUUGGAUGCUAAUUCUUACCAUUCUUUCUCUGCCUUCACGGUGGUUUUAGCUGUCAACUAUCUGGAUCGUUUUCUACUCAGUCUGAAGCUCUGCAGGGAAUUGCCCAUGAAGCCAUGGAUGGUGCAGUUGGUUGCUACAGCCUGUCUUACUUUAGCAGCCAAAGUGGAGGAGACCCACGUUCCUCCUCUCCUUGAUCUCCAAGUUGACAAAUCAAAGUACUAUGCAUUUACGCCAAAAUCAAUCCAAAGAAUGGAGCUUUUGGUUCUGUCUCUGCUAGAUUGGAAGAUGAAUCCGGUUAUCCCACUUUCUUUCCUGAGCUACAUAAUCGAAAUGGUUCCUUUGGCAGAUCACAAGCAUCAGGUGGAGUUCUCUGCACUGUUUGAGCAUUUUGUCCUUUCUCAGGUGCUCCAUGAUUUUAGAUUUGUGCAUUAUGGGCCAUCCGUAGUUGCUGUUGCCGUAACGCUGCGUGUGAUGAAACAAAUGGGUUUUGGCGGUGAGGAUUUUGAUAUCUGCAAGAAUGAACUCUGCCAUGUUUUUCAAUCCAACGAAGAGGAAUUUGAAGCGUGUUAUCAGCUGUUCAUCCUGAGAUCUGUGUCAAAUGGUGGGCGCAAUAUUGCCAAUAUUCAGGCCACAGAUUGUGUUACAUUGCUCAAUUAGUCGUCGUUUAGCAUGAUCGCCCAUCCUC